UUUUCUCUUCUUUCGCUUAUCGAAGGUCGGGGAGGGACGGGCACCUGCGCAGAAAAUAGAAAAAAUAAAAAGGAAAGAUAGAGAGAGAGAGAGAGAGAGAGUGAGAGAGAAACGAAGGUUUAUUCAGCUUCGUUAAUGGCGGUUAGGGUUUCCAAUUGAUCCCUUCUAAAAGGAACCUUAAUCUCUCCCGCCUAAUAUUUUAGAGCCCGCGCUUUCUCUCUCUUCUUAUUUCCCCAAAACCCUAAUUGAGGUUCCCCCAAUCUCUCAAUAUAACUUCGAUUUUUUCAAUCUCUGCGAUUCCUUGUGGUUAUUUGGGAUUCGAAAAUUUUGAAAGCGGAGAGCGAGAAGCGGCGAUGGGCGCUCAAGAGAAAUCUCAAGGCAACGCCAAUUCGAUGCAGCGAGUGAAGGUCUACCGUUUGAAUGAAGAUGGUAAAUGGGAUGAUCAAGGAACUGGGCAUGUUACUGUUGAUUAUUUGGAGAGAUCGGAAGAGCUGGCUUUGUUUGUUUUUGAUGAAGAAGACAAUGAGACAUUGCUUUUGCACCGCAUCAGCCCUGAUGACAUUUACAGAAAGCAAGAAGAUACAAUCAUAUCAUGGAGAGACUCAGAAUAUUCUACAGAAUUAGCACUUAGUUUUCAAGAGCCCACAGGAUGCUCUUACAUAUGGGACCACAUCUGUAAUGUGCAAAGAAAUCUGCAUUUCAAUUCUCUUAACAACGAGACAUUUCACACCAUGAAUAGUGAGUUGAGGGAGUUGCCAGCUGUCGAGCUUUCCACUCUUCCCAUAAUACUCAAGACUGUGACUGAGAGUGGCAUUGCUGAUCAGAUGCGGCUGACAGAACUUAUAUUAAAUGAUCAAGAUUUCUUCCAGAAGCUGAUGGAACUAUUCAGAAUCUGUGAAGACUUGGAAAAUGUAGAUGGUCUUCACAUGAUAUUCAAAAUAAUCAAGGGGAUAAUUUUGCUCAAUAGUCCUCAAGUUUUUGAGAAAAUAUUCGGAGAUGAGUUAAUCAUGGACAUUAUUGGUUCCCUUGAAUAUGAUCCUGAUGUUCCUGAGGUUCAGCACUAUCGGAAUUUUCUGAAAGAACAUGUUGUUUUUAAGGAGGCCAUUCCAAUUAAAAAUCCCAUGGUCCUCUCAAAGAUACACCAGACGUAUCGAGUUGGUUAUCUGAAGGAUGUUGUUUUGGCAAGGGUAUUGGAUGAGGCCACAGUUGCCAGUCUCAAUUCUGUAAUUCAUUCAAAUAAUGCUAUUGUUAUUUCUUUAUUGAAGGAUGACAGCACCUUUAUUCAGGAAUUGUUUGCAAGGUUGAGGUCUCCCACCACAUCAGCUGAGUCGAAGAAAACUUUGGUAUAUUUCCUGCACGAAUUUUGUUGUUUAAGCAAGAGCCUGCAGAUGGUGCAGCAGCUUCGACUAUUUAGGGAUCUUAUGAAUGAAGGUAUCUUUGACAUUAUCACUGAUGCUCUACAGAGUCAAGAUAAAAAGCUUGAACUAACUGGGACAGACAUCCUCAUACUGUUCUUGAAUCAGGAUCCAAACCUUCUGCGCUCCUAUGUUGUUCGCCAGGAAGGAAUUCCACUUUUAGGACUUUUGGUUAAAGGGAUGAUAACAGAUUUCGGGGAGGAUAUGCACUGCCAGUUUCUUGAAAUUCUUCGUAGUUUACUGGAUUCAUUCACAUUGUCAGGAGCUCAGAGAGAUACAAUUAUUGAUAUUUUUUAUGAGAGGCAUUUGGGCCAGCUAAUUGAUGUCAUAAUAUUGUCAUGUCCUUCUGAUGGGGCUGGCCAGUCAACCAGUAAAUUGGCAAGCAGUGCAGGAAGAGUUGAAAGUCAAAAUAGCACGAAGCCUGAAAUUCUGUUGAACAUAUGUGAAUUGCUGUGCUUUUGUGUUGUGCACCAUCCUUAUAGAAUAAAGUGUAAUUUUCUCCUUAACAACGUUAUAGACAAAGUUUUGUUACUGACCUGGAGAAGGGAAAAAUACCUAGUAGUUGCUGCUGUUCGCUUUGUUCGCACUAUUCUCCGUCAUGAUGAUCAUCUAAUAAAUCAUUUUGUUAAGAACAACCUUCUCAAACCAGUUGUUGAUGCUUUUGUUGCUAAUGGAAAUCGUUACAAUGUGCUGAACUCUGCAGUCUUAGAACUUUUUGAAUAUAUCCGCAAGGAAAACUUGAAAUUAUUGGUUAAAUAUCUAGUUGAUUCAUUUUGGAAUCAGUUGGUUAAGUUCGACUAUUUGGCUUCCGUUCACUCUUUGAAAGUUAAAUACGAGCAGUGCUUGGAAAAUUGUGGAGCAAAAACGAAUGUUAAUGCCCUGGACCCAAGAAAACGAAUUGAUGAGCGUGCUUUGGAGAAAGAAGAAGAAGACUAUUUCAAUGAGGACAGCAGUGAUGAAGAAGAUACAGCAUCUGCAUCUAAUACUCAGAAAGGACAAUCUCAGCCUGUUUUGUCCAAUGGAGUUGCUGCAAGCUACCCAUCAUUAAGCCCAAGAUCUGGUGGACUCGUUGACUACGAUGAUGAUGAGGAUGAUGAAGACUACAGACCACCUCCAAGGAAGCAUGCAGAAACCUCGGAGGAGGAUGAAGGAACCAUGGAGUCCCUUAGGUUGAAGCGUAAGUUGACUACUAAGGAAAAGGAGCCUGACCUAGCUAAGAAGCAGCGAUUGGGUAAAAGCUCUAAAUCAAGAGAUAGUCUAUUUGCGGCUUGGUGUUCAACACUAAGCCAGGCAGUGCUGCCAAGUAAGAAAACUGCAAAUGCCAUGCAUAUAUCUACUCGGUCACCUGAAGGGAACAAAGGCUUAGGUGAGGAAAAUCAUGUAGAGAAGGAAUCUGGCAGUCCCAGAAGUUCUGAUAACAAUAGUAGUUCUUCAGAAGAGGACAACCUUGUAGAUAAGGAACCUCCCAGAAACUGUUCAGAUUGCUUGCAUAGCCCCUCAGACAAUAGACAAUUAAGUGGAGAGGACUGUCCGUUGAUACCACCAAAGUCCUCACCUGAGAUGGCUGUAAAUGGAUCUUAAGUUAUUUAUCAGAAUCAUUAUGCGCAGGGUAACUUGUUUUCGUGUUUGUUUUAUUCGACUCAAGGAUGUGCUUGGUGACUAUACAGUCUUCGGCUACCAAAGAAAAAGUGGACUGCCAAAAAGAAUUGGAUGCGAAGAAAGUGGAAUGAGCAGGACAAUGCUGAAUUUGUUUGUCGGAGGGGAUGAUCCUGUAUAGUGCACCUGAGAGCAUGGAAGAAACACGUACUACUCAUUAUGCAGCUAAGUCUACCAGGCCUUUUUCUGAUGCUUUGAAACUGAAGCUAGGACUUUUCUGCUUUGGGAGCCGCCCAACUGUUGCUUCUGUAAAACAUUUUACCUGUCUUUGUCUGAUUUUUCCCCCUGUUUCUGUUCUUUUUCUUUUAAAUCCCUUUUCCUUAAUUCUUGCCCUUAUUUAGCUUUGUGAACCAACUGAUAGAAUGGGCAGUAAUAUUUGCCCUCAA